UAUACUUAAAAACACACACACACACGAUUAGGAGUCCCCCGUGUGCACUAGUAAGGCCAGGAGAGAGGAGCGGCAGGUCGGUGCAUUAGUGGCGUUGAACAGAACAUCCGGGAUGGCUGGAAGGAGACGAGGCCGAGGCAGCAACGUCCAGCAACAACAGGCCCAACAGAGGCAGAGAGGAGGCCCUCGUGGGGCUCUUCGGGAGCCAGCUGCUUUUGCCAAGUCUACAGGUUGUGAUUCAGAGAUUCCCCACGAAAAGUUGACCAUUGCCCAAGCCCGAAGAGGCACACCAGCUCAACGUCCGGUGAGAAUCUAUGCUGAUGGUAUCUUUGAUCUUUUCCAUUCGGGGCACGCUCGGGCCCUGAUGCAGGCCAAUGUGUUUCCAAACACCUACCUGAUAGUCGGAGUCUGCAGCGACGAGCUCACCCACAAGUUAAAGGGCUACACGGUGAUGUCCGAGGAUGAACGCUACGACGCCCUGAGGCACUGUCGUUACGUUGACGAGGUGGUGCGUGAUGCUCCCUGGACCCUCUCCACAGAGUUCCUCAAGAAACACAAGAUUGACUUUGUGGCCCAUGAUGACAUCCCUUACACCUCUGCUGGAUCAGAGGAUGUUUAUAAACACAUCAAGGAAGCAGGGAUGUUCGUGGCCACUGAGAGGACAGAAGGAAUCUCCACAUCUGAUCUGAUCACUCGUAUUGUCCGAGACUAUGACAUCUAUGCUCGACGCAACCUGCAAAGAGGCUACACAGCACGAGAACUGAAUGUUGGGUUCAUUAACGAGAAGAAAUACCGGCUCCAGGAACAGGUGGACAAGAUGAAAGAGACGGUCCGUACGGUGGAGGAAAAGUCCAAACACUUUGUCUACAGAGUGGAAGAGAAGAGCCAAGACCUCAUCCACAAGUGGGAGGAGAAGUCGCGAGAAUUCAUUUGCAACUUCCUGGAGCUUUUUGGACCUGAUGGGGCCUGGCAUGCUAUUCAGGAGCGCAGUGGCCGAAUGAUCCAGGCCCUGUCACCGUACUCUUCACCCCGAGGCUCCCCCAGCAGCAGUCCCACCAGAAGACGCUCAGCUUCUCCCGGCUCCUCAGCUGCCUCUGCAUCCUCCUCCUCUAUCUCCCCUCCUUCCUCCCCCUCCUCAACGAAAAAGGCCACUCGCUCCUCUCUCAAGGCGGCCUCCACAUAAGCUCAUCAUGAUUUGGUGAUUCUUUGUUGGUCUUCAAACAGACUAUUGGUUAUUAAUCUAAGGAGGCUGGUAAUUUAAGUGAAGAAAUAAAAAGGAAGAACUUUAUUCUGGUUUAUUGUGCAAUCUAUCAUAAUUUACAUAAUGUUUCUUCACUUAAAAGAAAGGAAAUUAACAUUUAAAUGUUGUUUUGAUGUUAUUCCUCUUCUAUCAUUUGUUACUCUUUGACAUGUCUAGUAUCUUAAUAGAUAACACACACUCGCCUUUAUAGAAGUCUGUUAUUGAGUAAUAAAUUAUAUUAAUUUAAGACUGAGUAAUAAUCAACCCAAAUGUCCCUGCCAUUCAAUGUCCUAGUUUACACGCUUCCUGUAAAUGUGGGAGGUGGCUGAAGAUAAGUUCACCAUAUCAACAUAAAUGGGAAUGAUAUGGCAAAGUUGUGUUC